ACGCGGCGCGAGUGGAGCGAGAGCGCGCAGAGAAGGACGUUGAGAGCGCGUUUGACUGAAAGGGGCUCGAGCGCAAAACCUGCUCAUAGGAUCAUUUUUACCGAAUAAAAAAAAUAUUCUCUAACUUCAAAUGACUAUUUCACAUGAAAUACAUCUGUAAUUAUGUAUCGCGGUUAUAAAUAAACGAAAUCAUCGGGGAAAACUGGAAUAUGCCUCCACCUGACAUCCAAAGGUAAAAUCUCCUCAGAAAACGAAUUUAUGUUUUACGCGAGAAACUGAAACAAGUGAGCGGUUUUAAGUUAUAUUAAUUAAUAAUCCAGAGGAGAUAUUGAUACUGAGCUCGUUCCGGGGAACUCAGUGGCUUGUUAGUAGGCUAUAUAAAGAUAAUUGUGCGACAAGUUGGGAUGAUGAGAGUUUGAAGCGCACGCGACUCCCGCCGCUCCGUCCGUUCAUGUUCAUGGAGUUUAUAAGCGGGAGCCGCUAGAAUGGAAACCGUGAUUGAUGAAACGGAGGCCUUACAGAGAUUCUUCGAAGGUCAUGAUAUUAACAGCUCUUUGGAGCCAACAAACAUUGACACAAGUAUCCUGGAGGAAUACAUCAGCAAAGAGGACGACAGCACUGACAUUUGUUUCACAGAGGUCCACAGCAUCCCGGGACCCCAGUAUCCCUCGCCCCAGGCCGGGGCAUCCUCUUCAGGGGGGGUAGGGUGUGGCGUGAGCCCUCCCAUCCCCCUGCGCCAGGGCGCCAUCCCGUCUCUGCCCCAGCCCUGCCAGAACUCCUACCCGCCUCCACCGCCGCUGGGCCACCUCAGACACAACUACCCCUGCCUGGGGCAACAGCAGAGCCAAACACCCCAACACCAACAGCCACAGCCACACGUCAAACCAGACCACCGCGGACAGUACGCACCGGGAACGCUACCCGAGUCCCCUCCUGACUCCAGUUCAGAGCCAUAUUCACCCCAGCAAGCCAACGAUCCCCACAUGCUCAGGACAAUGACGCCCGAGAACAUGUGUCACAUGACCAGUCCUCCGCCUCUCCCCACACACCCCCACUAUCCCAGCAUGCACCGGGACAUGUACCUUAAGCCAGAGCCGAUGAUUUCGCAGUAUCCAAUUGGUCCAGGAAGCGGCGGGGGUGGAGACAUCCAACAGAGUCAGAUGCUACAUCAACUACUGCAACAUCCACAAGGACCUGAUGGGAUUCCCAUACAUCCGGCAAAGAAGAGAAAACAUUCAGACUCUCCCAACAGUACUCUUAACUCUCAGAUCCUCACAGGCAUCAUCAAACAAGAGCCAGGUUUGAUGCAGGAUGCAGAAAACUCAUACCUGGAUCCAAACUACCAGUGCAUAAAGUGGCAGCCGCACCAGCAGAACAAGUGGACUACAUUAUACGACUCCAGUGGAAAAGAACUUCCGAUGCCUACAUAUAGGGUGGACGCAGAUAAGGGUUUUAAUUUCUCCUUGGCUGAUGAUGCAUUUGUGUGUCAGAAGAAGAACCACUUCCAGGUGACCGUGUACAUCGGGAUGCCAGGAGAUCCCAAUUAUGUCAAGACCAGCGAGGGGCUACAGCCCAUUGAAUGCUUUUACCUGAAACUCAAUGGGGUCAAGUUGGAAGCGAUGAAUCAGUCCAUUAAUGUGGAACAGUCACAGUCUGACCGGAGCAAAAGACCCUUUAAACCAGUAUUAGUGACAUUGCCGCCAGAGCAGGUGACCAAAGUAACGGUGGGUCGUCUCCACUUCAGCGAGACCACAGCCAAUAACAUGAGAAAGAAAGGCAAACCGAACCCUGACCAGAGGUACUUCAUGCUGGUAGUAGCUCUUCAGGCUCACAGUCACAGUCAGAGCUUCACAGUGGCGGCUCAAGUCUCCGAGAGGAUCAUCGUCAGGGUAACCGCUGCAUCUAACCCGGGUCAAUUUGAGAGUGACAGUGAAGUGUUGUGGCAGAGAGGGCAGAUGCCGGACUCUGUGUACCAUCACGGCCGGGUUGGCAUUAAUACGGACCGGCCGGAUGAGGCUAUGGUUGUACACGGCAAUGUGAAGAUCAUGGGUUCCCUUGUGCAUCCUUCCGAUAUUAGAGCCAAGGAAAAUGUGAAGGAGGUGGACACCACUGAUAACCUGAGGCGGAUUUCCCAAAUGAGGCUGGUGCAUUAUCAGUAUAAGCCUGAGUUUGCAGCCACAGUGGGCAUUGAUGCCACUUCUGAGACUGGGGUGAUCGCUCAGGAGGUCCAGCAGAUUCUGCCGGAGGCUGUGAAGGAGGGAGGAGACGUGGUGUGUGCUAACGGAGAGACCAUCCCUAAUCUACUGGUGGUCAAUAAAGACCGGAUCUUUAUGGAGAAUGUGGGAGCGGUGAAGGAACUCUGCAAACUCACUGAUAAUCUGGAGACUCGCAUUGACGAGCUCGAACGCUGGAGCCGAAAACUCGCCAAACUGCGCCGGCUAGACAGCAUGAAGAGCACCGUCAGCGGAGGCACAGUCAGUCAAUCAGGAAGCUACUUUAGCAGAACAGGAAGUGGCCCACUCAAGAAAAAAACAGCUAAGCCAGGAAGCAAGCGGUCCGUCCCGGAGCAAGGCUGCCUGAGUCACAGAUUCAUGCAGGGCACCAUCCUGGCGCUGGUCAUCAUUAUGGCCUUCAGUGUCAUCUCCAUGUCCAUCCUCUAUGUGCUCAAUCUUCAACACCAUGGAAGCAUAAGUGAUGUUGAGGGUGUCGUUUGUAGCUCUGCGUCCCACUGCCUUCUCUUCGUGUCUUGGACGCCCUUCCUCACUGCAACCAUCACAUUCUGUCCAUCCUUCUGUCUGUGCAGGUCUCGUUCUGCUCUGGGUUCGGCUCGUCAGGCUUCUUUCUCCCCUGCCAGAGUGACCACAUCCACUCUUUCCCCAGACUCCACCUCCCCAUCAUUGUCCAAUCACCCGCCCUGCUGCCCUCCAACACCUGCCACAACCAACCAAUCAGCCACUAUCAGUCUGUUGCCAGGCAACAACCAAUCCACUCCAGACUCCAGCACUGGUGUUCCCACCCAGGCCACUAUUAACAAGAAGGCAAAGUCUCGGCCGCUGGACAAAGACAGCCGGAACAAGAACCGUCUGAGUCACACGUCAGCUCCUCUGUUCCUCAGUAAAGGCAAACGGCCACCUCAGCCUCCAGAGUUGAGCGGAGCAACCAAACGCUUGCCUGGUGGACAACAGCCACCGUCCCGGAGACAGCGCAGUAUCAACACACAGGAUGGAAGUCUACCAGCGUGUCUGAGCAAACUUCACAUCCUCGAGAUAGAUCAGGAGAUCAGAACUCUCGAUUGUUCCUCAUCUGAGACCUGCAGCUUUACUGUGUUUCUAAAUGGAGACAAAAACUCAUCCAUGUCUUACAUUACACUGCACAUGAUCUCCUCUGAGGAGGUGUGGGUGUGGCAGUGUGGAGCCACCAGGGGGCGACUCUGUCCAAAUCACCCAGAAGCUUCCGUCUCACUAGAGCGGAGCAAUUAUACAGCGGGGACCAGCCACCUGUGGUCACUUCCUGUUAUGCCUUUUCAAGAGAUCACCUACCAUUUCAGAGUGUCACAUUCAAGUCAAAUGGGAUGUAGCAGUGAAGAUGGCGUUGUGUCCUCGCGGUGCUCUGAGUACAGUUUCCUCAUUCAAGCCACAUGCUAAGCAGUGUCAUGCUAUUCAGCUUCAACUUAUGUGUCCACUCGUAUCGCCGCCCCAGAUUCAAAGACUGUUUUAUCUGGGUGAGCUGAUAAAGACGUCUUAACUGUUUGUUUCAUCGCGUAUUUGUCCAAAGCGAAAAGAAAAGAAAAAAAAAAAUUCCGAGAUUACUUAGCCUUAACCUUGAUUAUAUAUUACUACUUGUAUACACUCUUGCACACACACACACACACACACACAUAUGCAUUCACUUAUUAAAAUGUCUUUUGAUUUGCCAAGAUACAAUAUAAACAGGUACCAGUGAGAGACUGUUGGGUGGAGCUCAUGUUCUGUUGUCUUUUCUCGCUAUCUUAAUGUAAAAUUGACUGUUACAAGAAAUCAAAAAGGACCUUAUUUACUUUCUUAAAACACAUUUUUGUACAUGAUUCAUCAGUGCACAUUAUUUUAUUUUCCUUUAAAUGUCGUUAAACUGGAUUUGUUAAUAUGUCAACAGUUUAAUGAAUUUUAAAACAAUAUUUCACCCAAAAAUGAAAUUUUGCUAAAAAUGUACACUCUAUCAGGCCAUCCAAGAUGUAGAUGAGUUUGUUUCUUCAUCAGAUUUGGAGAAAUGUCGCAUUACAUCACUUGGAUGGAUCCUCUGCAGUGAAUGGGUGCCGUCAGAAUGAGUGUCCAAACAGCUGAUAAAAACAUCACAAUAAUCCACACCACUCCAGUCCGUCAGUCUUGUGAAGCGAAAAGCUGUGUGUUUGUAAGAAACAAAUCUAUCAUAAAGGCAUUUUUAACUUCAAACCGUUACUUCUGGCCAAAAUAUGAGUCCAUAAUCCAUAAUAGCACUUCCUCCAGUGAAAAAGUCAUCUAGUUUGAAUCAGGCGAGAAAUAUGCAUCAAUCAAACACCAUUUACAAGAAAAAACAGUCCAAAACAACUCUAAACAAAUAUACUGAUGGAUUUUGAUGUGAGAGGACAAACAGAGGAGGAAGCGUCAUUAUGAAUUAUGGACUCAUAUUUUGGUCAGAAGUAACUAUUUAAAGUUAAAAUGUCUUGAUGGAUUUGUUUCUUACAAACAUGCAGCCUUUGGCUUCAGAAAGUGGUGUGGAUUACUUGUGGAUUAUUGUGAUGUUUUUAUCAGCUGUUUGGACUCUCAUUCUGAUGGUCAAUGCUAAUAAUUUCUCCAAAUCUUCUUCUUCCUUAGCUAGGACCAUUCUUCCGCGUUCUUAUGUCAGUUUUAAACAGCAGUCUUUAUAAUAGACUAGCUGUAUAUAUAUAUUUUUUUCUUGACCACUGACUAUUUAUACACUGGAAAUGGCUUUAACUGCACCAGCUCAUUAAUAAUGAUAUGCAAAUCAGGUUGUUUGCCUCAUGUUUUGUUAAACUUCCCAUAACUGCUGUCAAACACUAUGGAGGAUUUUAGCAAUAAUAAACAUGCAGGGUCUCUACGUUUCUGCUGUCGCGUCCACUGGAGAGAAACAGUUAAGAUACAGGUAUAAAGUAAGCAGUGUAGAAAGUAUAGCAUGAAAGAAGUUACAGAGGUAAAGAUAUCAGCUCAUCUCAAGAAAGAACUGUAAAUAAAAGCACUGGAUUUCUUUUAAAAACUGGAUAGACUUCACACUGGAACCAACAGCAAUCACAAGUCAAACGCUGUGGCAAAAACACUGGAUCAUUAUCGCCAUUUUAAACACUUCAUAUUGAGUUUUACUACGGUACUUUGGUUACUUUGUCACUUAUUUCUUUCCCUUUUCUUCUUUUACACUGUAUAUUCUUUCAAUUUUUAAUGCAUUGUUCUAACUUUAGUAUGCUGCUAUUCGCAUGCUAUACUUUAUAUUAGCCAUAACCAAUGAUUGUGUUCAAAAUAAAUCUUUUGAGCGGUAUAUAUGCAGUAUAUUCUUGUACAGUUUCAUCUGAACAUUAUUGUCUAAACAGUUGAAACAUCACUUUUGAUCAGAGAAUUUGUCAGACAAUGUCCCAAAUUUUCAGUGUUAUUAAGCAGAACUCAGUAGAUUCAUUCUAAUUGCCCCCUCGCCCUUUUUUAUUUUGUUUGUCAAGAAGAAAAAUGACCAGAUUUAUUGUAUUUCAUGUAAUCCAGCACUAUGUAAAUUUCAACACCAUAGAGUCCUUUUGUCUCUGUUUGUUUCUUAUCUUUGUACACGUAACAUUUUAAUGUUCUAGAUAUUGUUUGAAUAUUUUAAGGUAAUAAGGAAAGCCAUAAUGUAGUCUUUGUAAGGCUGGGUGAUGUGUGAUUAUGUUAGUCAUGGUCAAAUCAUGAAGAGAACCAAGAAAGUGUUGACUGAAAAUGUUGUGCACUAAAAUUACAAUUUCCAUAAUGCCAUAAUAAUGCAUGAUACUGAUUCUGAGUAUAAAACAUUUGGGAUGAUCUUUUGAAAUCUAAUAUAUGGUUAUUUUUUAAAAAUCAUUGGGAAUAUCACAUAUUCUGUCAUGAAUAAACCAGCCUCUUGUGGAAGCACUUCCAAACUAUGCACUGUAAAUAUGUUUUUCUAAUGUUUCUGUGACAUCUAAAACUGUUUAAAUACUCUGUAAUAUAUAAAAUGUCUUUUAAAUGUUCUUGUGAGAAUUCUGUUUGGUUUUUAUUAUGUUAUAACUCAUAUCUUUCAUUAUGUACAACAACAUCUUUUAUUUCUGUUCUUUUUACUCAUCAUUAAAUUCGUUUUUAUAAUAUAAUUUUACUACAUUUAUGAUCUGUUAAUCGUAAUUGAUUAAAAACAUUACAUUUUUUAUUUGUAACAUUUUUAAAUAACUUGUUUUAAGUGGGGUGAAACAUCAUUCCCUGUUUAUCAAUGACUGUGGUAUAAAAUUACAAAAAAAAAAGAAAUGAUUAUACCACCAAAGGACAAAAAAAAAAGUUUUUCUCAGUUGUCUGUCUUGUUAUGUUUAUCUUUAUGGCUUAAAGCCCAGUAAGAAUUAAAAUAUUAAAAACUGGUGAUUCACUAUUGUGUUUGUUACAUUUUCUCAUUUUCAUUGCUUUAUCUGAGCUUUCUGAAAGCCUCUGUUGUAUAUUGAUACAUAAUCGUUAUUUUUAGUUCAUCUGCAUAAUUUGUCUCACUUUUUUUGACAUGUAUGUGUACUGAUGUCAUAAUAAAAAUGCAUGCAAGCAUGAUGCAUAAAUUAAAUAAAUAUUUUUCU